AUGGCAGGUGUUGAUAAUGAAGUUCUUAUUAUUGAGAAUAAUGACGAGGCUUCUGUUUGGACUCAAAGGCAUGAAGAAAUUUUCAUUGAACUUAUGGAAGAAGAAGUUUUAAAGGGAAAUAAGAAUAUUACAACCUUUACAAAGCAAUCAUUGACUAGAGAAGUUAAUGCGACUGAUGAAGUUUGGGAUAAACUUAUACAGGUUAACAAGUCUGCUAAAAUAUUUAGAAAGAAAGGUUGUAAGUUUUAUGAGAAAUUAUGCACUAUCUUUGGUGAUACUACUGCAACGGGUUCCAAUGCUCAUCCUUCAACUCGAAGUCCUUCUAAUGAUGGAGAUCAUAAUAAUGAUGAUGCAACAUUGAUAAGUCUUUCUACUAGAAAUAAAGAAAGUGGUUUUGAUGAGGAUGGUAGCAAAAGAAGAGGUAAAUCAACAACCACUUCGAACUCUCGAUCAAGAAAAAAAUCAAAGUUCUCAUCAGCUUUGGCAGAUGCACUGGCAACAUAUAAUGAAACUGCAAAGCAAAAGACAGAAUUGAUAGAGAGAUCAAUGGCAACAUCUACAUCACAUUACUUAUUGGAUGAGAGUGUUGAAGCUCUUAAUCAAAUUGAUGGAAUUAGUGGAGAAGUAUACACAAAAGCAUUUGAGAAGUUUGAGAACGAGGUGUCCAGAGCAUUGUUUCUAAAGAUGCCAGAGCAUAGAAGAAUAGAUUGA